ACUGCCUUCCUUCUCUUUUCUCCCACAGGAGCCCAGAAACCCUCCAUGUCAGAGAUGCUGCUGCUGCUUCUGUCCCUGCUGUGGGCAGGGUCCCUGGCUCAGGAUAAAGGAUUCUGGCUGAGAGUGCAGGAGUCUGUGACGGUGCAGGAGGGCCUGUGUGUCUUUGUCCCCUGCACUGUCUAUUAUCCCGAGAACUCCUGGAAGGACUCUGACCCCGCUCACGGCUACUGGUUCCAGGAAGGGGCCAGUACACACAGAGAUGCUCCUGUGGCCACAAACAAUCCAGAUCGUAAAGUGCAGGGGGAGACCCAGGGCCGAUUCCACCUCCUUGGGGUCCUUGGGGACCCUCGGAACUACAACUGCUCCCUGGACAUCAGAGACGCCAAGAGGAGGGAUGAUGGAAAAUACUUUUUUCGGGUGGAGAGAGGAAAUGUGUUAUGGAAUUACAAACGUAACUUCCUCUCUGUGCAUGUGACAGCCCUGACCCUCAGGCCCCACAUCUCCUUCCCGGGCUCCCUGGAGUCUGGCCGCCCCAGGAACCUGACCUGCUCUGUGCCCUGGGCCUGUGAGCGGGGCACGCCCCCCAUCUUCUCCUGGACCUCAGCUGCCCUCGCCACCCUGGGCCCCAGGACCCUCCUCUCCUCCAUGAUCACCCUCACCCCGCGGCCCCAGGACCACGGCACUAACCUCACCUGUCAGGUGAAGUUCCCUGCAGCCGAUGUGACCGUGGAGAGAACCAUCCAGCUCAACGUCACCUACUCUCCACAGAACUUGACCGUAACUGUCUUCCAAGGAAAUGGCACAGUUCCUACAGGGAAAGCAGGGCCUGGGGCACAGGUGGUGCUGGUGGCCAUCGGGAACAUGGCUGUCAAGACCCUGCUCCUCCUUCUCUGCCUCAUCGUCCUCAUAGUGAGGUACCACAGGAGGAAAGGGACCAGGACCACAAGGGGCAUGGAGGAUGCAAACACCAUCCUGAGUUCAUUAAUGUCUCAGGUGAGUGUUGCGAGAGUCUCACCAGCCAACAUCCCACAGACACCUCCUUCAGGAUGACCCCCAGGAUGUUUCUGCUUAACUUGGGCAAAGCUGAGCUGCCACUUUCCUUCCUCCCCAAACCCACUUCUCUGCUGAGUUCUUUGUCAUAUGGAUGACAUGGGUCCCACCUCUACAGGUGGGGUUCUCCACUUUGCCCUCCUUUCCUUCUCUCCAAUCCAAUGAAUCACUAAGUCUUUUUCAUGUUUCCUCCUAAUCACAGCUCAUCAUAAUACCUGUCUCUUUCCCAUCCUCACCCUGAUCAUUCCUGCCUCUUCGUCUUUUCCUUGUGUCUGUGAACCCACCAACCUCCUGCCUCCAUCUCACUCUUCAGCACAGGCCUCCAGACAGUGUUUCCGAGACCAUGUCAUUUGCUUCCUGAAAAGUAUGACAGCGACGUUUCCUCUCCAGGGCCAGAGACCCAGGUGCAGACGCCUCUGGCUGGAUUGGAGGGUCUGCUGUGGUCUGUCCCCUGCUGGACUCCCUACCAGAUUCCACCACUCCCUGCAUCCCACACCAUCUCCACACUCAGCCAGGCCCUUUUUGUGACUCUGGGACUUUGCACGUGCAGUUCCUUCUCCUGAAAUGCCCUUCCCUCCUCAUUCCUACAUCUCCAAGUGCUGAUCAUGCUUCAGGCUCAGUUAAAAGUCACUCCAG